AUGUUCUCUAAUUUAUUGCCGAACGCUCUCUAUUAUCUUCUCGCAUCAUUUCUGUUGCCACAGAAGCCACCGCCAUUACGAUUUGAGCUGCGUCAUGAGCACGCUCUCUCAGAAUCGUCUCGGGUCGUCUUUUCCGACAUCAAGCCAUCUAGCUUUGUGCAGCAAGCGUUUGAGGUGACCACAAGGCAGAUGAAGACGUUUCGACCGGUCUCGCAGGACGCCUUCUAUAGCGCACGCUACCGUGCGCACUACUCGAUACCAUGGGAUGAAAUCGAAGUCGAGGGACCGAAUAUUCAGGAUCGCGAGACGCUGUUGAUGCUGGCAAAGAUGACCAACAACGCAUACGCUGAGGAACCGGGCGAGAGGGAGUGGUACGACCUUGGCUCCGAUUGGAACAACAGCUACCCGUUUGGCUGGGAGCCCGACGCAGACGGGUUCCGCGGGCAAAUCUUCGUGACGCCCAACAAUUCGACGGUCGUCAUUGCCGUCAAAGGAACUUCUGCAGGGUGGCUUGUCGGUGGCGGUGGACCGACGACGCGGAAGGACAAGCUGAAUGACAACCUGUUGUUCUCGUGUUGCUGUGCGCGAGUAGGUCCGACGUGGUCAACGGUGUGCGGCUGUUACGAAGGUGGUUACAAGUGCGACCAGGGCUGUCUCGAAGAGAGCCUCAUUGAGGACAGCCUGUUCUACUCGGUUGGCACUAAUUUGUAUAAUAACGUGACAUACAUGUAUCCAAACUCUAACAUUUGGGUGGUGGGGCAUUCGCUUGGCGGCUCGCUAGCAUCACUAAUUGGUAUCACCUUCGGCAUACCCGCCGUCGCGUUCGAAGCACCGGGAGAGAAGCUUGCGGCCGCCCGGCUGCACCUACCAUCUCCUCCAUCGACACAGCACGUCACACACGUCUAUCAUACUGCCGAUCCGAUAGCCAUGGGCACAUGUAACGGUGUCAAGUCGAGCUGUGCAAUUGGCGGUUACGCUAUGGAGUCACGGUGUCACCUAGGCAAAACGCUCCUGUACGACACGGUCUCGAAGCUUAAAUGGGCGGUAGACGUCCGUACCCACGGGAUUAAGGUUGUCAUCGACAGGCUGCUUUCGAGUGAUUGGGAUUCGGACGACGACAAGCAGCCUAAGGACGGCCGCGGGAAGCGCAGAAACGUACCGGAGUUGGUUGACGAGCAUGACUGUGUGGAUUGUUUCAACUGGGAAUUUGGUGACUACCGGAACAUUUCUUUGGCAGAUGCUGGGCUGGACGUGGAAGUCGCGGCAUCUUGUUCAAAACGUAUCUUUAAUAUUCCUUCUGCAUAG